CUGUUUGGCCCUUAUCGUCCCCUCUGUGGGUUAAAAUUUAGAUAUUAAAUGUGACUCCCAGUAGUUUCAUUCUGCUGUAUAUGAGUUCUGUUCUGUUCCAUCAUCCGCUAAUUCGUUACUUGAUGUGAAAGUGAAGAGGUAACGAUGAUCCCUGGUCUGCAGUGGUGGCACAUCACAGCCUCCAACUUUUACGCUUUAUUUGCCUCAAAUUUGUGCGUCGCGGAUGUCACAUAUGGCCACGAAUAAGGUGAAGGGUCGCUUUUAUUGCACCAGCUACUUCCUUCUCUUUGUUCUUGUCUCUUUUAUGGGCUAUUCAGGAUCCAAAACAACAGAGCAAACAGUGUUGCACGUUUAGUCUGCAAGUAUUCACCCUAUUGAAGAAAUCAAUGAGCUGGACCAAUAGGCUGCUGCAGCCAGAGCGACUUCGUUUGAACAGACAUUUUCUGUAACUCUAUUGAUUAUUUUAUUGCUAUCUAUUAUGGCCUGCUGCGAAAAGCCAAGAUAAUGUGAAUUAUAUUGUUUCGGAUGAAUGUGUGUAACUUUUACUUAUUGUGCUGUUUAAAUGCGCUUGAUUUUAGAAAAUUAAAUACCGGUGGUGUGUGAAAACGCGCUCUCAUCGAUUGUACGAAAAUAAUUUAAUUAUGGGAAUUACAGGCAAACAGAGAGUGAGUGAAACUGGUCUCUUUAAUAUCAUCAAUGUGGAAUUUUUACGCACUUAACUUUACGCAGGCAUCGCACUUCGCACAGACAGGCGCUUAAGUUUUGCUGGGUUUUUACAGAACGCCUCUGAACUAAUUUCCAAACCCGUCACUUGCUGCUGAGAUAAUUAUCGGUUUCUCUUUGCUCUCUGUGUGUCAGAGGAAUGUCGAAGUUUUAUCAUAACAGGGAGGAGGGGAAAAAAACUGGAACAUCUGCAUAAGCAUUUGCACUUUACUGUAAUUCAGCUGUAAGUUUUGUGCGUAAAGCUGAAAGCAUGCUCUUUAAUACCACGAGUUAACGAGACUGUACCUGAGAGUCAUCAGCUCAGAGUGAACACCGGGCACAAGUUGGCCUGUGGAGGAUUUUAUCUGACGUGUGCCGGACGGUCGCAUAACUGAUUGGGUUUUUGCAGAGACUGAUCUUCUCAGACGCAGUUCUUUAGCCUACUAGUCGGCCGGACCUUCACACGCUACUUCCUUUUGCUUUCUGUCUUCACAUGCUGUGCACUGCUUUCAUUUCUGAGCCUGGGAGAUUGCUGCUCGUGUUGCAGGGCUUUGCUGCAGAGAUAGUUGUUGGUGAGCUGGGGAACGUCACUUGUUUUAUUGCCCUCACAGAAGAGAGACCAUAAACGCAUUCUUACCACCUACACCCUCCCCCAGUUCACUGCAAAAAAAAAAAGCAUGGAAAUUGCUCACAAGCCAGAUAAUUCAUGCACAAUGGCAACAUUAACAGUGUGCUGGAAACUCGUCAGUAUGGCUGAGAUAAACAAUAAAUGCAAAUAUUCGUGUUAGUCCUCACAGGCAGUCGGCACGUCCUGUGGGAUGAGAGCAUGUAGGUGUUGUAGCCCACAUCUCUGCAGUGGUGUUGUGAAAUUAAAACUGAGUCUGGGACACAGACACACACACACACAAACGUAAACACAAGAACUCAGUACCACGGGAAGGGUUUUUGCUUUAAGAAAAUGAAAUUAGUCGCCAAUUUUCUGAAUUGCUCUCAUUAACUCCACCGCUGGAGUUAAGCUCAUAUGUGUUAUUAUGUAGAUUUUCCGCCUUCCUUUGAAUGUGAUCACUGUUCUGAAUGACAUUGUCCACGUUUUGCAUCAUACUUUCUCCCUAAACGCCAAUUCUUCUCAAACUUGAGUGAAAAACGUCUCAUCCAGCCAAGCUGCACAGUGUGCCACUCCAACUCUACGUUGUGUUUAUCGGCAUUUAGCACUAAUGUUCAAGCUCUGAGCUAAAAGCUACAGUUUCUCCUCAACUCCUGCCUCUCAAUUGGUGGAGAACGGUCAGCUGACAUUGUCAUAUUGUCUCUCACCGAGCCAAGCCUCGACUAUAACACUCGGGUUUGUGCGUCUUAACCGGAGAUUGGAAAUUAAUAAUAUUGAAUCCUCAAAGUAGCCCACGUCCAGUUAGAGAGGCAGAAAGUCGAGGAAAAAAAGAAGACCUUGGAGAAAGGUGUGGUUGGUUGACACAGACGGGAAGGAGAUUUACUGAGAAGGAGAUUGAAAAGAGACCGAUAAAGAAGUGGGGAGAGUUGGAGAGAGGGUUACAAGCAAGGUAUGAAUUCUUAUUUCGCAAACCCGUCGCUCUCCUGCCAUUUAUCCGGUGGUCAAGAUGUUCUGCCUAACGUACCCCUAAACUCCACCACCUAUGACACAGUCAGACAUUUUUCGUCGUACGGUGCUGCUGUGACCCAGAAUCGGAUAUAUGCACCUUUCUACUCUCCUCAAGAUAAUGUCGUUUUUGGGUCUGGCAGGGCACAGUAUGAAUAUGGAUCAAACGUGUUUCUUCAAGACAAGGACGUGCUCCCCAGCUGCAGACAAACAAACAUGGGACUCAAUACACAAAGCCACAUUGCUCAAGAGUACAGUUUGGAUCAAGGAAGGGCAGGAGCGCAGGAGCAGAAAAGCAACAUCCCGAUCUACCCGUGGAUGCAGCGAAUGAACUCACACAGCGCAGGCGUUGGGUACGGGACAGACAGACGCAGAGGACGUCAAAUAUACUCUCGUUACCAAACACUUGAGCUGGAGAAGGAGUUUCAUUUCAACCGCUACCUGACCAGGCGCAGACGCAUCGAAAUCGCAAAUGCGCUUUGUUUAACAGAGCGGCAGAUCAAAAUCUGGUUUCAGAACCGACGCAUGAAAUGGAAGAAAGAGAGCAAUCUGACCUCCACGGUGACUGGAAGUGAACAGACAGGAGCCUCUCAAGAGGAGCGAGAGGAACGCAGUGGCGCAAUGGAAGAAGAGAAGGAUGAGGACAAGAAGAAAGAGUAGUUCAAAUAUGGAAGAAGAGGAAGGAGACGAACACCUAAUGACCAUUAAAACCCAACAUAACUACCUAAAAAAAUAUCUACAUGGACUUGAGAGCGACUUCACUGCAUGAUGGCUACCCCGCAGCUCUCCCACUUAUAUCCCACGUUGACCACAGGAGUGUUAAGCCUUAGAAAUCCAAAUUAUUUCAGCCACAGUAUGGCCCCUGUGACAUUUGGAGCGCUGAUUUUUUUUUAUUAUUAUUAUUAUUGCAAUGUCACACGUGUAAUGUGAAAAUAAAAAGAAGUAUUAAUUUCUAUGUUAUUUCCCAUGCCAGUAAAAUCUGUGUAUUUAUCCCCCCACACUCCAUCCAUCACUGUGAACUCUUUGAUCACCUCACAACAUACAGUGUUGGUCAGACUUUGCUCGAUAUUGUACAUGCACAUUCCACGGGAGGAGAGGAGCGGGCGGACACAUCACACUAUAAUCUACUACCUUACUUGAAUCGUCCGCGGAAAAAAAGGUGUCCUGCAUAAACGUGAAAAGUUGCACGGAAUAUAGACCACGGUCCACACACACAACUGAAAUGCCUGUAUAUAUAAGCAACAGUUUAUUAUGUCGAUUCUGUGAGGACUUAUGUGCAUUUACCCGCUUUGAUAGACGCUGCAUAACAUACAAAAUGCGCUUAGCCCCCCUCCCUUUUUUUGACCAUUUGACACAAUAGAUUUGUACGCUAGUAAUUCUUCACUUUUGUUUGGGAGUUACGGAAUUCAUGUUUUGUCAUAUGUGUGUAUCAUGGAAUAAAAUAUUUGUAAAACUUU